AUGCUCGUUGUUUGUGUGGACGGUCGAUCCGAGAGGAGGGUUCCUCAACAUCCAGAGAUCCCACACGAAGAGAGAUCUCAUGGAUUGAAUGUGAAAGUGAAAAGAAAACAAUGCAAACAACAACUUCUAUUCAUUCUUAUCUUAAUCAGUCUUCCCUCGAAUGGGAAUUCCCUUUUCUUCGGCUCGUCGAGUUCCGAGUCGAAAGAGGUGGAGAACGAGUUGAUACCGCUCACUUUUGGAGCACUGUUCCCGAUGGAGUCCUCAGCGGGCGGUUGGGCAGGAGGUCCAGCCUGUCUUCCGGCUGUGGAAAUGGCAUUGGAAGAUGUGAAUAAAAGACAAGACAUUCUACCCGGCUAUCGUCUACAAAUGAACACCAGUGAUUCGAAGUGUCAAACGGGUCUUUCCAUCCAACAAAUGUAUCAAUUUAUCUACAAUGAUCCAAAGAAAUUGAUGAUGAUGACAGGGUGCUCGACUGUCACAACAGUCAUCUCGGAGAUCGCUCCCGAAUGGAAACUCGUUGUGUUGGCUUACGGAGCCAGUUCACCGGCUCUCUCCAAUCGAGAACGAUUCCCGACUCUCUUCCGAACUCAUCCCUCAGCUACUAUUCAAAAUCCUACCAGAAUGCGCCUCUUUGAGAAGUGGAAGUGGAAGAAAGUGACCAUUCUAUCAUCAGUUGAAGAAGUUUUUGUCUCAACGGCGAAAGAUCUCGAAAAAUCAUGCAGUGAUAAGGGUAUUCGUGUUCAAAGACAAUCUUUCUUUGGUGAUCCAGCUGAUGCAGUGAAGACUCUCAAAAGACAAGACGCUCGAAUCAUCGUUGGACUCUUCUAUGAAGCUGAUGCGAGAAGAGUUUUGUGCCAAGCUUACAAGCAAGGUGUUUACGGGCGAAAGUAUGUCUGGUUUUUCAUUGGAUGGUACUCGAAUACGUGGCACAUUCCACCAUUUGAAGAACACCUCAAUUGCACAUCUGAUCAGAUGGAAAUCGCUGCUCAAUACCAUUUCACAACUGAAUCUCUGAUGUUGUCGCUUGAUUCAACUCCUGGUGUAUCUGGAUAUACAGGAAAUCAAUUCAAGAAUCGCUUGAUUGAGAGAGUGGACUCUGAUCGAUCGCCGGGAGAAAUGGGAGGAUUUCCCGAAGCACCGCUGGCCUAUGAUGCUGUUUGGGCCCUAGCCUUGGCUUUGAGAUGCACAAUCAGAGCUUUACCUCAAAAUGUGAAAAUCGAAGAUUUCACAUACAAAAAUGAAGCGGUGGCUGGUCAAAUUUUCGAUUGUAUGAAGAACACGUCAUUUCAAGGAGUUUCGGGCCGAGUCAUGUUCUCCGAUCAAGGAGAUCGCAUUGUGCAAACGCAAAUCGAACAGAUGCAAGAUGGGAAAUAUCAAUUGGUCGGCUAUUACGAUAUGACAACAAAAAAUUUGACAUGGAUGGGGAAAGAGAAAUGGUUUGGAAAAGGUCCUCCACCAGAUAGCACGAUCGUUCGACAACAGAUUUUGACCGUUUCAAUCAAGAUCUACUAUGUUGUAUGUUUCUUUUCGAUUCUUGGCCUCUUCAUGACAAUUGGUCUUUUCAUUUUCAACAGGAAGUAUGGAUAUCGAAGUGUCAUCUCUCAAUCUCAACCCCAAUGCAACAAUGCCUUGUUAUUCGGAUCAGCUAUGUGCUGUUUUGCACUCUUUUUAAUGGGCCUACCAGCUGAUGGACUCACUCUACCCAAAACUAUAUUUGGAGCAUUUUGUCAUAUCCGAAUCUCCCUCCUGAUGAUUGGCUUUACCUUUGCUUAUGGAUCAAUGUUCGCCAAGGUUUGGAUCGUCCAUCGACUUGGCGCCACGGAAAGCCAACAAUUAGCAAAUCGACACAAGGAUGAGCUGAAACCCUUGCUGAGCUCUUAUGCUACAAAGGAAGAGGCUUCUCCGUGGGAUUCGAUCCGUACCCUCAUCACAGGUCUUGCCGGUAAUCGAGCUGUCAUGGGAAACGCUCUCCGAAAAGUCUCUUCGGCGGCCUAUGGAAAUCUCCAAGCUAAACGCUCAACCUCGAAUUCUUCAAUGGCCGAUUUUCUCAAUCAGCCAAUCUCCGCCAUCAAGUUCUACCUUGUCAUUGCCACUUUUCUUCUACUUGAUUUGCUGAUCAUUUUCUUUUGGAUAAUCGUCGAUCCAUUGCAGAGAAAAGAACAGAAAUAUCCAAGACAGGAACCCCCACCUGGGUCAAAGGAAGAAGACACAAUGAUCGAGCCGGUUCUUGAACUCUGUCAAAGCUCAAAUCAAGAAGUUUGGAUAGGUGUUGUUCUUGGCUAUAAAUGCAUCUUACUUGUCUUCGGGCUGUUCCUCGCUUAUGAGUCGAGGAAACUGAAACUCCGCUACAUAAACGAUGCUCGUUUUGUUGGUUUAGCCAUCUACAAUGUGGCUAUUUUAUCUCUAGUGACAGGACCAGUUGUCACUUUGCUGAUACGGACGCAAGCCGAUGCUAACUUUGCCUUCAUAUCAGUUACAGUCCUCCUCUGUUGCUACAUAUCAUUGGGAUUGAUAUUUGUGCCAAAAAUUAGCCACAUCCAUCGAUUCCCACCGACCGCCGAUGAAACCGAGCCAAAGAUGAGCAACGGAACACAGAGAUUGUCGACGAGUGACAAGUCAAAAUAUGAUCUGGUAGUGAAAGAUAACGAGAGUCUCCAACAGAAGAUCAACAAUACUGAGGAGAGGAUACGACAGUGCAGAAGACGAUUGGAUUUGCUGACAAAUGGUGGAGAGGCUCCAUCCUCAUCGGCUGAUACAAGAGGUGGAUUGUCCGUCUCCGAAGAGCACACAUUCUCCUCACCGACAACGUUGACGACAACGGCUCUCAUCGAGCUGCAACCAUCAACGAUCAGCAACAAUAAUCAUGACACGCAAAGUACGCAUCAUACGGGUCAUUUCAUCAACGACGAAAUGGACAACUCGGAUUCGUCAUCCGAUGAAAUUUUCUUA